GGGAGUAAAGGUCUCCAGACACGUGAAUGCAGCCUCUUUCUUGUCGCCAUCUUGAAAACCAACAUCAAGGUUUGGUAGUGAAGAAUAUUUGACUUAAAAACCUACCAGGAUGGGUCGUAUGCAUGCACCCGGAAAGGGUAUCUCUGGUUCGGCUUUGCCCUAUCGCCGUAGUGUCCCAACGUGGAUGAAACUUACAUCAGAAGAUGUAAAAGAACAAAUCUACAAAUUGGCCAAAAAGGGAUUAACUCCAUCCCAGAUUGGCGUGAUACUGCGUGACUCUCAUGGUGUUGCUCAAGUACGUUACAUCACUGGAAACAAGAUUCUUAGGAUCUUGAAAGCUAAAGGUCUUGCUGCAAGUCUCCCUGAGGAUCUGUAUUACCUGAUCAAAAAGGCUGUUUCAGUCAGAAAACAUCUGGAGAGGAAUCGCAAGGAUAAAGAUUCCAAAUUCAGACUAAUUUUAAUUGAGAGUAGAAUCCACCGUCUUGCUCGAUACUACAAAACCAAGAGAGUCCUGCCACCUAACUGGAAGUAUGAGUCUUCUACUGCUUCUGCUCUUAUUGCUUAAUUAAACAAGCAAAUCAUAUGAAAUAAAACAAUUUCAGAAAUUA